CUUUCUUCGUUCUUGUUCGGUCUUCGGUGGCCCCCACUGACGCACCAUCUCCCGUCACGCACAAGCCGGCCUUUCUUUAUUGCCCGCCCUGUCCCCUCGGUCAGCGAUUUCCGUCUUCCAUAUAUACCUUCCCUUCGUAGUCGCUGCAUAUGGAUGGUCGAGGUAGUGCGGCAGCAGGGCUCACGUUGGCGACCGCCUCCUCCCUUUUACUCACCUCUCCUUCACACCAAAAUCAGCCGAUGAACUCCGACCAUCACCGCUCCGGCGUCGGCUUCAAGGAUGCUCAUGUGGCGGAAGCAUCGACGCCGCUACCAAGAGAGAACCGGGCCGUCGUCAUCAGCGAGAUGGAUUUCUUCUCGAACGAGAAAAAGAAGAUGACGAUGACGAGCUGUGCCGCGCCGGAACUCGACCUCAAGGUGCCGAGCCUUUGUAUCAAGAGAGAAGACCUUUCCGUCAACACUGGGUUGCACUUGUCCAACACGCGCAGCGACCUGUCGACGGUGGACGACGGGAUGUCACCACCUGAGGACGAUAAAGAAGGCAAGAGCGAGUUGACCGCCGUCCAAGCAGAGCUGGCGCGCAUGAACCAAGAGAACAACAAGCUGAGGUUGAUGCUGAACCAGUUGACCACCAACUACAACGCCCUUCAGAUGCAGCUCGUCGCACUGACGCAACAACGACGCACUUCCGGAAACCCACAGGAACCAGAGAACAAGAAGAUGGAAGAGAAGAGCCAUGAUGAGCAUGACGGAGCUGUGGUCCCGAGGCGGCAGUUCAUGGAUCUUGGACCGGGCGGGGAUAUCGAUGAGCCAUCCCACUCUUCUUCCACGAGCAGGGACCCGUGUUUGUCGCUGCGAAGCCACACAGAAGUUUCACUCGAUCAUGAGAAGCAUGUCAGGGAAGAUGAUAGAGCAGAACAUGGCUGGAACAGUAACAAAACACCCAGAUUAGCUCCUUCCAAGUCCGCCGAGCGAGCCGAGGACGCCACCAUGAGAAAAGCCCGUGUGUCCGUUCGAGCAAGGUCUGAAGCUCCCACGAUCACCGAUGGAUGCCAGUGGAGGAAGUAUGGACAGAAGAUGGCCAAAGGAAACCCCUGCCCUCGGGCUUACUACCGAUGCACCAUGGCCACCGGGUGUCCGGUCCGCAAGCAGGUACAGAGGUGCGCCGACGACCGUUCGAUCUUGAUCACAACGUACGAGGGCACUCACAGCCAUCCGCUCCCGCCGGCAGCCAUACCGAUGGCGUCGACCACUUCCGCCGCGGCGUCGAUGCUCGUAUCGGGGUCGAUGCCGAGCGCCGACGGGCCGAUGAGUUCCAACUUUCUUGCAAGAACCGUUCUCCCGUGCUCGUCGAGCAUGGCGAGCAUAUCAGCCUCGGCGCCGUUCCCCACCGUGACGUUGGACCUCACCCAAAGUCCCAGCCCUCUGCAGUUCCAAUUGCCAUUCCCGAGCGCCGCUCCGCCGCUGCCGCAGGUCUUCGGGCAACCGCUACAAAACCAAUCCAGAUUCUCGGGCCUUCAGAUGUCACCGGAGAUGGAUCCCGCCCAACUGGCGCACCCAAAGGCCCAGUCCGUCGCGCCACCUUCUCUGGCCGAUACAGUGAGCGCGGUCAUAACGGCGGACCCCAACUUCACCGCAGCGGUUGCGGCGGCCAUAUCUUCGAUCAUCGGCGGCGCCGGCAAUCAUCGAACAGGAAACGAUGACAAUAGCCACAGUAGUGCCAACACAACCAGCUGCAGCAAGCAACGACGAGAACCGGAACAGUACCAAUAACAGUUGACCAUCUCAAGCUUUGGCUUCUUUUGUUUCGUGGCGAUAAACAGAACCAAUCAUACUUUCUUUCCUUUUUUUUUCUCUCGUUGCUUACUAUUUUAGAGGAUCGAAGACCAAACUGCUUCCCCACU